ACUUUGCCACUUGUACCCUAGUUGUUGAUCUUCAAUAUGUCGGAGACUGCUCCUGCCGCACCCGCCGCCGCGCCCCCGGCGGAGAAGACCCCGGUGAAGAAGAAGGCAGCCAAAAAGCCCGCGGGGGCGCGCCGUAAGGCGUCUGGCCCCCCGGUGUCAGAGCUGAUCACUAAGGCUGUAGCUGCUUCCAAGGAGCGCAGUGGGGUGUCCCUGGCCGCCCUCAAGAAGGCGCUGGCGGCUGCGGGCUACGACGUGGAGAAGAACAACAGCCGCAUCAAGCUUGGUCUGAAGAGCCUGGUGAGCAAGGGCACCUUGGUGCAGACCAAGGGCACUGGCGCUUCUGGCUCCUUCAAACUCAACAAGAAGGCAGCCUCCGGGGAGGCUAAGCCUAAGGCGAAGAAGGCAGGCGCAGCCAAGCCCAAGAAGCCCGCAGGAGCAGCCAAGAAGCCUAAGAAGGCGACUGCUGCCGCCACUCCGAAAAAGAGCGCCAAGAAGACCCCGAAGAAGGCGAAGAAGCCAGCCGCGGCUGCUGUGACCAAGAAAGUGGCCAAGAGUCCCAAGAAGGCUAAGGUUGCCAAGCCCAAGAAGGCCGCCAAGAGCGCCGCUAAGGCAGUGAAGCCCAAGGCCGCCAAGCCCAAGGUUGUCAAGGCCAAGAAGGCAGCACCCAAGAAGAAGUAGAUCUGAGCAUCUGCUUCUAAAACCCAAAAGGCUCUUUUCAGAGCCACCACUGACCUCAAAAGAGAGCUUAACAUAUCUGCCUGCUUGUUUAAUCUUCCUGUAACUCGUAUUUUAAGGCACCAUAAAGAUUGCAGCUGAUAGAAACUGUAAUGGGGUGGGGGAGAGUGGCUGCAGUUAGGUUAGAACCCGUUGACUUUCCUCCCAUCCCACGAGGGAGCUUGCUUGUUCCUGGCCGCUCCGCACUGUUAGCAUUCUGGUCAGCUGUUCUGAGACGUCUUUCGCUGGCUGCUGUACUUGGGAUAGCCGCCAGCCCCGCCCAGCCCCAAGCUUGUGAACUGCAAGAAAAAAAAAAAAAACAACCCGCAAAAACAGAGUCUUUUAGUCAAAAGGGGCACCCGAUUGGCCUGAGAAGUAAUUCAAAAGUCCCGCCCUGUUCUCGGGUUGGCCCACUCCUUCAGCCCGUAACUUUCAUCUUGCAUUUAAUUGGGUGAUGGCCGGCUUUGUUUAUUCUUCUGUGUUUUGUUUUCAUGGAAUUUAAAGUUUCGUCUUUCUCCUGAAAGAAAUGGGUCUGGUAUUGGGACACUUGCUAUGUUAUCGUUAGUCAAGUUGGUGAAUUCUGGGGGCGUUGGUAACAUUCAGCCCUGGGACAGAGUGGGUUUCGGGUGCCUUUGUCCUGCAUUCCUCUGCCAUUAAUUUCUGAUAGCUGUGGCAACUAAGAAACGCAUUUAAAAAACAGCUACAGCAGGGGCACCAACUCUCCCUUCCACCCAGGGCAAUGGGUGGACCAGGAUCUUUUUGUUCCUCCUAUCGUGCAGCUCUCCGCAAAAUAGCGAUGGAUUUGAGCGCAUCAUAAACACAACUUUUAGCCAGCCAUUUUGUCCUCCCAUGACGGUUACUGAUCCUCACUUUGGACAGACAUCAGCAUCUAAAAAUCGAAGUUAUUCUAAACGCAUUUUGUACAAAUGUUUCUACAUCGAGAACAAUAAGUAUUGGUUCUAUUAACUAUUGAAAGUACGUCUAUGGAUGGAAAGCAUGUUUCUAAUAAAGGCCUUUAAUUUUCAUUAA